UUCGUCGAAAGAUGAGAUGAGAUGAGAGAUGGGGGGGUCCCUCACAUUUGCAAUAAUGACAUCCUUGAUUACGUGGCAACCUGGGGUUGCAGCCCUUGCCUCCCCAAAAAUGAGUUACCCCCCCCCCCCCCCCCAAAAAAAAAAAAAAAGCAAACCACACUCACAGCGGCGACGCCGCGGUCAUUAAAAGCUCCAAUCUCCACCACUCAAGUGACACGUGGCAGCUAUGCCGCCGGAAGAAAGUGUUUCGAAGUCGUCAUCGCCACUAGACAAACCGCUCGACCAACUUACCGAUGACGACAUUGCUCAGCUCACUCGUGAAGAUUGCCGCCGUUACCUUAAAGAUAAAGGAAUGAGAAGGCCGUCAUGGAAUAAAUCACAAGCGAUUCAACAAGUGAUUUCACUGAAGGCACUACUUGAAACGGCGCCGGAUUACGAUACCGGAAGGCAAAAAAAACUUCACAUUCCUCGGCCUGACACUAAUCUACAUCGAGUACAGAAAGGAACAGAUAACGAUGCAGAAUUCUCUGAAGAAACGGUACCGUAUGGAAGAAAACAUGUGGAAAAACCUGAUCUUUCCGGUGAUAAAGCUGCCGGUUCUGUUAACUUAGCUCUGUCUAGAACCACAGAUUCGGGAAAUGCACCAGCAGGUCAAUUGACAAUCUUCUAUUGUGGCAAGGUGAAUGUGUACGAUGAUGUGCCUGCUGAGAAGGCGCAAGCAAUCAUGCAUCUUGCUGCAAGCCCACUCUUUGUGCCUUCAGAAACUCCAUUGGAUGCUACCGGAGCAGCUCGACAUUCCGAAUGCCAUUUGCAAGCUGCAAAUGUUAAACUGGGUCCAGAUUCUGCUAUGGUGAUCAUGCCAACCAUGCAAACAGGGAAAAUGAGUGAAGUGACUCGCCUGCGUUUGGAGGAAAGCAACACCUUCCAUGAAGACAACUCUGAAGCAGUGGAAGGCCACGCAAGCAGGAAAGCAUCAGUACAAAGAUACCUUGAGAAGCGGAAAGACAGGUUCAAGAGCAAGAGAAAGAUAGGAAUGUCUUCACCUGCUAGCUUGGACAUCUAUUUGAACCAUCGAACCGGAAAUCACAACACCCCAAAUGAGCUCUCAAGUAGAAGCAACACUUGUUCCCCGCCCACAAUUAGAUUGUCUGCUGCACCUGCUCCAAGUGGUUCAAUGGAUAACACUCUCCAACUGAAUGCCAACACUUCUGCUUUUCUCAACGACAAAGGCGAGUUUUUGUUUUUCAGCACACCAUAUCUGAUUGUUAUUUAAUUUCAACUUUCAAGGGACAUUCUUGUUAUUGCCUCCCUAAUUAGUUCAUUCGAGAUUUUGCCUCUCUAAUCAAUUCAUUCGAGUUUUAGGGAUCUAACAAGACUGCAAACUUUCCAAGGUUGGGCAAUAAGUUAAUGUGUGUUCUAAACCCUGAAAGAAUUGUUAUUUUAUUGUGUAAUCUGGUUGAUAACACAAACUCUGUGUCGCAACUUCUUAAUCUGCUCUAAGUUUGUACGUC